UUCUUACCCUUGGCCAAAAACAAUGCUGAUGUGACACAACUGAGUUGUUUUGACAUCAACCUAAAGUUUUCCAGAUAAAAGCUUUUGGAGUGGAUAACUUGUUUGGAAGAUACCCAGAGAAUUGAUUUUGUAUGGGACAAAACAAGAUGCAGCAGCUGAUAUGGAAGAUUCGAGCUUAAACCAAGCACAUUAUGAGACAAGAAAAGCAGAACAACUAAUUCGCCAAGGAAAGCUUGAUGCUGCAAUCGAAUGCCACGAAAAGGCUUCCACACUACUAACAUGUGCAAUGACUUUAAGUGAUUUAACUGCUGUUCAACAGUCACUGCUCUGUCAAAAAGAAUAUCAUAUUCGUCAAGUUUGGCUUUUACAAUCCAAAAUUGCCCAACUAGAAAAGUAUAAAAGGAAAAUGAAUAGCUCAGGUGGCAAAUUAGGGUCAGUUUCAUGCUCAGUGGAAAGUCAACAUGAAACACAUCAGCAGCUCAAAAUCACACAAAUGGAAAUAAUGAGAACUUUGUCAGAUGCUGAUGCAGCCUUGCACCUACAUGCCGAUACAUGCACAAGUAUGGACCCACACCUCAACCAGGUGAUUGAGUGCCUUCAAAAAAUGAGACAGCAGCUUGAGCAGCUGUUUCAGUUUAGCCGCGAAUCAGAUACAACCACAGACUUACAAUUAGAAACCAUCGAACCCAUCGAUGAGUUUGCACAAUCAUCUCAGUCGAUUUCGCCUGAAACGGAAAAAGGAUCGAGCGACUUGGAGACAGAACUGCCCACACUCGCACCCCUCGAGGUUCCCCAAUUCGAUUUUGCCAUGCUUUCCGAUAUAAAAUUUGACGAUGAUUGAAUAAAUAUGCCGUGGACGUUUUAAA